UAAUAGUGAAAUAUAGUAUUAGUGCAGUCAGGUUGGCAAUGACUGUAAUGCCACACCUGAGAGGAUAGUGCGCAUGCGCAAGGUGAAGGUGAUCCAAGGGAGGUUAUCUGUUAUCUGUUAUCAGCUGCUGCCGGAAUGGCUUGUUCGUGAUUAAAGAUGAAUAAAUCUAUAAUUCCGUAAAGUGCGUUGAUUCAUUUUCAUCUCAUCGAACAUAACAUGGUGCCGAAACCCGAUGGUUUUCCGCGAUCGAAAAAGUAAUUACGGUAUACGGUUACGGAAAAGUCGCGAGUGCUACUGCCAUGUGCCAGUGACAACCAUUGAAGCCUAAGAUUGUGCCAUCAAUCAAAGCAGGUAGCCUGCAAUUCCUGCAAAGAUCAAGAAAUAGUGUGCCAACACAAAGCAUGAGCAAUGCCGAACACAAGUGCAAAUGGAGAGACCGAUGGAGGAACAGCAUCCCAUGGGUCCACGAAAGCAAUAUCUGCCAAGAUAAAGCCGCUGGAAAUUGUGGCUGGAGUGAACAUGGCUGAACGCUGGGAGGUUUGGAAGGCUAAAUUCGAAAUCUUCAUGUGUGCAACGACGUGUGAUGGAGAGUCAGACGCAAGAAGAAAUUGUUUGCUACUACAAUUUCUUGGGGAUGAUGCAUAUAGCAUAUACGCAUCAUUCAAUAAGAAGUACAACGAACUCACACACAAGCAACUCAUAGAAUUGUUUGAUGCACAUUUCAAGCCAGAAAAGAAUGUAGAAAUGGCUUUAUAUAAAUUAAUAACAAGAAAACAAAAAGAAGAUGAGACAUUGGAUGAGUUCGUCACAAGUUUGAAGAAUUUAAGCCUAGCCUGUAACCUAGACAAUCAAAGGGAUAAAAUUGUCAAAGCAAUUAUGAUUGCAAAUUUGCUUCCAAAGUUUGAAGAGGUGAGAAUCCAAGUAUUGAUGAAGCAGGAUGAAACAUUGGAGAAUGCCAUCAAAAUCAUCAAAACAUUCGAUGCAUCAAGGCGUCAGGUGCAGGAGAUGGAUGCAACUGAACCUGUGGUAGGCAAGAUCAGCAGACGUUAUCAAGACGAUGCAAGGCAAAGUACAGAGCAGCGCAGUCAUCAAAGAACUACCAACAGUGCUAAGCAGUAUGCGAGUGGCCCAAAGCACAAGGGACAAUCAAGUCGGCGGUACGGUUCUUCUAAGGUGCAAGCCGAUGACUCGAGAAGGACGGGAAACUACAGUAGGUGCAAAAACUGUGGAAAUACCAAACAUUAUUCUGGAAGGUGCCCUGCCAUUGGGAGAAAAUGUGACAGUUGCAAUGGGUCAAAUCACUUCUCAAGAGUGUGCAAGUAUGCUGAGCGAAAAGUGAGACUGGUGGAUGAGGAGUCGACUGAUAGCGACGAUUAUUAUUCGGAAGAUGAUGGUCCUGAGCUAUUCAUUGGUGCGAUCGAAUCCAAGCAGGAGG